ACUGACAUUUCGGCUUCGAAAAGAGCGCAAUUUCUUAAUUUUUAUUUUUAACCUGUAGUUAUUUGUUAUUCUGUUUAUUAUCGUUAAUAAUAUACAAAUGUUAAAGUAACUAAUUAUCUGUAUCAGUUAUAAUAAAAUCAAAAUGCCUAUGAUAGAGCUGAAAGGUGUUCCUGUGGAAUUUCCAUUCGAACCCUACGAAAUCCAAAAGAAUUACAUGGAAAAAGUUAUAGAGUGUUUACAAAACGAAACAACGGCAGUUUUAGAGAGCCCUACAGGCACCGGCAAGACCCUGUGUUUAUUAUGUGCAUCACUGGCUUGGUUGCAACUAAAAAAGACACAAUUACAACUUCAAAGGAGUAUGCCUGUUAUCCCUAACGAGCAAGAAAAUGAGUUUUUGGAUAAAUUGAAUAAUGAACUAGAGAAGAAAAUUGGUAAAAUAGCGACAGGUAGAUCGUUUCUUGGUUUACCGACUAUCAUCUAUGCCUCUAGAACUCAUUCACAGUUAUCACAAGCUAUGCAAGAGUUAAAAAGGUCCUCUUACAGUCACAUGAGAGCUUCAGUACUGGGUUCUAGAGAUCAGUUAUGUAUUCAUCCUGAAGUUAUGGCAGAACCAGAUCGAGGUCUCAGGGUGCAAAUGUGUCGAAUGAAACUAGCUACGAGAAUGUGUCAUUUGUAUAAUAAAGUAGACCGGCUUAAAGAAGACCAUAGGAUAAAUGAUAGUUGUAUUAUUGAUAUAGAAGAUAUGGUAAAAUUAGGGGAUAAACAUAAAUUUUGUCCCUAUUAUAUGACCAAAGAGUUACAACAAAGGUCGGAUAUCAUUUUUGCACCAUAUAAUUACUUGUUGGAUCCAAUAGCUAGGAAAGCCUUAGGGUUAAACUUAAAUAAUAGCGUUGUGAUUCUGGAUGAGGCUCAUAAUGUUGAAAAUGUGUGUGAGAAUUCGGCCUCGAUAGAAAUAAAAGCUUCAGAUAUAGCUUUGGCUAUUGAAGAAACUACUGGCAUAAUGAAACUAGUCAGUGAAACAGUAAAUUUUAAUGAUUCGCCACAAGAUAUCGAACCGGAAGAGCUGGCAACGCUGAAAGAGAUGUUGCUGAAUUUCGAAAAAGCAUUAGACGAGAUAGUUUUGAAUAAGACCGAGGAAGUUAACAACUAUCCUGGGGAUUUUAUUUUUGAAUUGUUGGAAAAAGCUAGUAUUAAUGCUGGAAAUUCUUAUGUAAUUAUCGCUCUGAUCGAUAAAGUAGUUCAGUUCCUAUCAACAAAAAAUGAUGGACCGUUUGCAAGGAAAGGCAAAGCUUUGCAGCUUUUUUCCGAUUUUCUAACUAUUGUGUUUGCGAGUAAAGCUACUAAAGAAAAAGUAAAAUGGUGUUAUAAAGUACACAUACGGGAAGAGGACAAAUCAAAUAAAAGUAAAAAAGUACUAAACAGCUGGUUGGCCAAGGGUGGUCCAACCAAAAACAGGAUUUUGUGUUUUUGGUGUUUUAGUCCAGGAUUUGGUAUGGACAUGAUUUUGAGUAAUAACAUUAAGGCGUUGAUACUAACUAGUGGUACUUUGGCUCCUUUAAAACCUUUUAUAUCGGAGCUAGAGCUAAAAGUGACGGUACAGUUAGAAAAUCCGCAUAUAAUCGGUUCGAAUCAAAUCUGUGUCAAAAUUUUGACAGCUGGUUCGGAUGGGGAACCUUUAAAUAGCAGUUAUCAAAACAGGGAGAAUCCUAGGUAUAUCAGCUCUCUGGGCAGGACCAUAGUAAAUUUAACGCGAAUCAUACCCAAUGGCCUUCUUAUUUUUUUCCCUACUUAUCCUGUCAUGCACAAGUGUCAAAGUUCAUGGCAAGAAGACGGUAUUUGGAGCAGCAUAUCCAGUCAAAAAGCGAUAUUUGUUGAACCCAGAGAGAAAGAUGCCUUCAACACCGCAAUGGCCGGGUACUAUGAGAAAGUCAGAGAUCCCAGCUUGAAGGGGGCCAUUUUUAUGGCCGUGUGUAAAGGAAAAGUUUCUGAAGGUUUGGAUUUUACCGACGCCAAUGGUAGAGCUGUCAUUAUUACUGGUCUACCAUAUCCACCCUUAAAGGACGCAAGGGUUGUAUUGAAGAGGAGGUACUUAGAUCAGUGUCAUGCGAAAGACCAAGAUUAUUUAAGAGGCCAAGACUGGUACUCGUUGGAAGCUUCAAGGGCUGUCAAUCAAGCGAUAGGUCGUGUAAUUCGUCACAAAGACGACUACGGUGCAAUUUUGUUACUAGAUCAGAGAUUUAAUAACUUUAGAAUUAAGGAACAAAUGUCGAAAUGGCUCAGGGGACAUAUUACAGUUGUGGGUAAAUAUUCGGAAAUCAUAAGAGAUCUGAGUCAGUUCUUUAGGAACGCACUAAAAACUUUACCCGCUCCUACUGCCAAGCCUUUUAUAAAUAAGUUACCGUCAACGUUUAGCGAUGACAGUUAUAAAACAGGAAACCUAAAUUUCAGUACACAGAGUUCUAUAUCGUUAUCGUCCGAUUCUGACUGUUCUGUGAUAUCAAAUCCCGGCUGUUCAAAUGCUGGUUUUGACUUGAUGAGCGUAUAUACAAAUAAAGAAAACGGUUUAGUAAGAAUUUACAGUAACAAACGAGAAAACAGUGAGAUUAUACAAAGUAACCAGAUUAAGAAAAAGAAAUACAUUGUGCAAACUAAAACGUUGCCUGUAGAUGAGGAAAAAUUACUUGAUCCAAAACAGUCCUUAUCUGAAUAUGUUGCGAUGGUAAAGAAAAAUCUGGGGUCAAAUUUCCAGGCUUUCAUAGAUGAAUUGACCGCAUACAAGGAGCAUAACGACAUCAAUAAAUACUUGGAUAAAGUUGACCCUUUGGUUCCGAGCAACUUGAAGUAUAUUUUCAUAGGAAUGAGCAAAUAUAUCCGAGAAAUGCACAAGGAUACGUUCAAAACCUUCUUGAAAAGAUACAACUUGAGUAUGCCAGAAGAUUUAUAAGUUACAUUAAGACUAACUAAACUUAAUUUCGUAUUUUGAUAUAUCUUUUUAUUUUAUAGAAUUAGUUAAAAAUUAAUAUAUAUCUAAGUAU